AUGUCUGACCCAUGGUCCAAACUAUCGCACGCGCGUCUUUGCGUUCGCCCUGUGGGGACGACGAGCGACGAGCAGAAGGAAUAUCUUGAUCAGGAAAUUUCGAAUCUCGAGUCUGCGUUAGCCCGGGCGAAGCAGCUGCGUAACCAGGAGAACUCCUUCGCCACUUUACCAGAGGAGGUUCUCCUACACAUCAUUCUUUACCGACGUGACAUCUCAUCCUACGAACCGAGACCUGACAGGCCCGAACGUGCGAAGGGCGCGUACUGGCAUAAGGCCGAACUUCAGUACCAACCGUGGACGAACAUCGGCGCAGUUUGUCGCCGUUUCAGACACAUCAUGUCCACGUGUCCCCAACUCAACUCGAACGUAUCGGAUAUGAUCCUGCCCCCGCGGAUCAUCGAGCGCAUUCUUCCUCGGUCCUCGCGUCAUGCCCUUACCGUUACCCUCAGCCAUCGAGUAUCGGGCCGGCAUCACGCUGCCCCCGGCGUCCUGCGCUAUAUCAAACAAAAUCGCAGCCGCGUCCAAUCGAUGACUCUACAUGAAGUGCAUACUCAGGAUGAACUUGACGUCCAGUUGAUUGGCAGACUCAAGUUAUUCCCCAACCUACGCCACCUCGCCAUCCACGAUUAUCGCCCUUGGCCCUCCCCAAUGUCGUUACCGCCGGCUCUCUUUGUGGUCCCCGCCGACCUGACAGGUCGUCCGAUGUCUGAUUGGCGACCUCCUCCCGCUCUCAAGAGCCUGCAUAUCACGAUGAAACCCUUCCCCUGGGACUCUGCCAUAUACAGUCAUCUCACGCAUCUCACGCUCUCGAAGCUGGAAUUGCGAGUCACCGCUAUGCAGACGCUCUGGAGUAACCUGACACGCGGUGCAUGUUUGGAGUCCAUCACUUUUGACGACAUUGAUAUCGAGUUUGGCAUCACCCUAGAAGAAGAAGAGAUCGAGGAAUACGAAGAAGAGGGCUUGGAAGAGGAGGAGAUCGUCGUUCGACUGGAGCAGAAGUUGCUCAUGGACGUUGUCCAGCGUCUCGAACCAGCUCCCGCGACGCUGAAGACAUGGAAUGUCAUACUGUCCACAGACGAGAGUCUACUCGCCUUCAUGCGACCCUCGAUGUCGAUUGCUUAUCAUGUCAGGAUAACCGAACCCUGGCAUUGGGAAUCGGAACUUGUGCAAUUUCUCGCUAAACACUGCCCAGAGCCUAAUUCGGAUCGGGUCACCGACGGAGCUGAGCAAGUGUCACAGGUCGUUGCCGUCCGCUUCUCUGUCCAGCCCUACCUCGAUUCCAAACGUAGAAAGAUCCUCCAAGCUACCACCUCUUUCUUCCGCCAUCGUGACCCGCGUGCUCCUUUCUUAACAUUCCAGUUCGUCGUAGAUGGAGAGACGAAUGGACUUUCCGCAUAUGUCCUCGGCGACUUUGACGGAUACAAUGUGGAGAAAGAGGAACCGUAUCUUGACGACGUUCGCGAACUGUCCCUGGAAAGCGUCUCAACGUACUCGCCCGACCGAUGGGCUUCCGUUCUGGAACUCUUUCCCUCUCUCACCACCCUCGAAGUAUCCGAGGACUUGCUUUCGAACGUCAUACCCGCUAUUGAGCGAGUCAAUGCUGCUUCUGACUCGGACCUACCUCUGGCAAUACGCAGACUUCAUAUACGCCCGAGCGAGAAAUAUGGAUACACGUCGUCUGCGUACUCCGUCAACCUUCUUCUCGACUGGCUGAGCCGUCAGAAGGAGAGAGGGCUUCCUUUGAGGGAAGUGAACGUUCCACCUAUCCUCGGUCGGCAAAUGGACGAACACUACGACUGGGAGGAGUCUGCGGACGACACCGGCGGAAACUCGGGAGGAUGGAGAUCGCUGAUUGAAGAGUUGCAGUAG